CUUGAGAGAGAGAAACUUCGCUUCUUCUCCUCGUUCACCUCCUCUUCUUCUUCUUCUUCUUCUUCUUCUUCUUCUUCUUCUUCUUCAACUCUACUCUGCCAAAGCUUUGAAAAAAAUUAGCUUCUUCUGAGUGAUGGGUGUGAGCUGCCGUUGUUCCCACACCUCCCACAUCACCGAAAUCAUCAUCACCAGCUUCUUUCGUCACAAGUGAAGGAAUUUGUAUUCCUUUAAAAACAAAGAAACCCAGAGUGGUUUUUCUUUCCUUUUUUCCUUUUUCGUUAGCUUCUUUAGAUCAUUUGAUGAUGAAAAAGAUGAUAUCUUGAACAAGAACAAGAUUGAUCCUUUAGCUUGAAACAUUAAUGGCGGGUAGGAGGGUCUAUUCUAGUAAUAGUAGUAACAGUGAUCUCUCUGUUUUGCUCCAAAGUCAAAGGGUUGAGCCUUUCGAUCCCCUCUUCCUUCAAGGCUCGAAUUCUUUCCUUUCUUCAGGCGCGAGAUCGAUGUUGAGCUUCGAAGAUGUUCAUCGAGCCAACAGAUCGUUCUUCAGAACGUUUGAUCAGGAAGAGAACGGGGACGACGAUGAUUUAGACGAGUAUUUUCAUCAACCCGAAAAGAAGAGACGCCUCACCGUUGAACAAGUCCAGUUUCUCGAGAAAAGUUUCGAGGUGGAAAACAAACUCGAACCCGACAGGAAAAUUCAGCUGGCUAAAGACCUCGGCUUGCGGCCCCGACAAGUGGCCAUAUGGUUUCAGAACCGAAGGGCUCGAUGGAAGACGAAGCAGCUCGAGAAAGACUAUGACGCUUUACAAGCAAACUUCAACAGCCUCAAGGCCGACUAUGAUAAUCUUCUCAAGGAGAAGGAUAAACUAAAACAAGAGGUUCUUCAGCUCACAGAUAAGCUGGCCAUGAAAGAGAGAGAUGAGCCACCGCAACAGCCUGUCGAUGUUGUUGUUGUUGCGGCGGAUCAGACAGGUUCCGAGGUGGUCUGCAAACAGGAAGACAUGAUCAGCUCUUCCAAGAGUGAUACGUUCGAUCCAGACCAGUCUGAUGUAACACAGGAAGAGGGAGAUAACUUGAGCAACAGCCUGUUACAUCCUGCAGCUUCUUACAUCUUCCCGAAACUGGAAGACGAUGAUUACUCCGACCCGCCUGCAAGUUCGUGUAGUUUUGGAUUCCAUGUUGAAGAUCACGAUUUCUGGUCUUCAGCUUAUUAAGUUAUACCAUAUCAUAUUCCUUGUAUACAUAAAUAAACAUAUCAUCUUGUCUGUGUAUUAUGUUUUCUUGUUUAAGUGUCUGUAAAUGAGCCAUCUUUCUCGUGAGAAUUGUUGGAAACUGGAAUCCUUACUUUUGGUUGCAA